AUGUCGAUUUCUCUCGUUACCGGCGGAUCCGGCUACAUCGGUCUUCACCUCGUCAACUUGCUUCUCGAAAAGGGUGAGAAGGUUCACACGACCGUGCGGAGUCUCAAGAAGAUCGCCAAAUGCCAACCGCUGCUGGAUCUGCAAUUCAAAUACCCGGGGAUGUUGUCGAUCUUUGAAGCAGACCUUAUGAAAGAUAGCUCUUUUAAUCAAGCGAUGCAGGGCUGCACGGUUGGCACUACUAAUGUUCUGGAAUCUGUCAAUCGCUGUGAAAGUGUUCAACGGGUGGUUUUGACCUCAUCGAUUGCGGCCAUGUACGGCGAUUGCAUGGAGAUCGUCUCCCAGCAUAACAGCAUCCUAACCGAGGACUGCUGGAACGAAACCACCAGCCCCACGAACAACCCAUACCACUAUUCCAAGGUCAUCGCCGAACGCGCAGCCUGGAAGUUGCAACAGGCCCAAGCCCGCUGGGACCUCGUGGUGAUCAACCCCGCCCUGGUGCUCGGUCCAUCCCUAACAUCUGAAUCCUCCUCGGGGAGUCUGUACAUGGUCGAAAACAUCUUUCGGGGUGACAACAAGUUGGGAUGUCCGGAAUUGUAUUAUCCGAUUGUGGACGUGCAGGAUGUGGUCGAGGCGCAUAUUCGGGCUGGGACGAACCCCACUGCCAAGGGAAGAUAUAUUGUUGCGGGUGAUCAGGCGCUUGGAUUAUUGGAGAUGGCCGAUUUGGUGAGGCCAAUCCAUCGACAUCCGAAGGUGUUGCCUCGAUGGAAUCUGCCCAGGUUGCUGGUGUAUGCGGUAGGGCUGUUUAUUGGGGUCUCGAGCAAGUGGUUUGCGGGGAAUGUUGGGGUUCGGUAUCAGGUUGAUAACUCGAAAAGUGUGAGGGAAUUGGGCAUAUCGUAUCGUUCGGCAGGCGAUGUGAUCCGGGGUCACUAUGAAGGUUGGUUGAAAAGUCAGGACCACCGGUAG